CGUUAACCGCAUUUACUUACGAAGCACCAUUGACACGACCGAAGACAGUGGGUGGUAGCAUCAUGUGCCUAACUCUAGGGUCCAAGUCGCUUCGGUCCAUCACGGUGCCGGUGACUCCGCGUCACAAGCUGAAGCAUCUUAACCUCUAUCAUCCAUGUCUUUCCUCGUCAUUACCUCUGCAGAUGUAUCCAGAAUUGUAUCAUCGAUCCACCACUCCAGCUUGAGAAUCUGAUGGCCUUCGUGUUUCACACCCUUUCCUCAGGUUCUGGUUUUGAUGCCCCGUUGCGUGAAGCAAUUACUAUGGCGCAGCACAAGACACUUUUCAUGCCUGCACGAGUGCAGGGAUUAGGGACUAGCAUCAAGGUGGUCUCAAUUCCGCAACAUCAUGCUGAUCAAGGCGGGCUUCCUGCGUCCAGUAUAGUUUUGGACGAAAACACUGGCGGCAUACGUGCAAUCGUAAACGCGAGGCAACUAACAGCUCUUCGUACAGCUGCUGGUUCUCUGCUUGCUACGCGCCUUCUCUUGUCUGUUCGAGAUCCAAGCACGUUCCUUGCUUUCGGAGCAGGCAAGCAAAUUGAGGCGCACGUGGAUCUCCACCUUCGUGCCUAUUCCACCAUCGAAACUUGCACGAUAGUUAACAAGUCAAAUAAUCAAAGACUUGCUGAUCUUAUCAUGCGCCUGAAGUCAGCUCAUCCAACAGUCACAUUUCAGUCUCUCAUUUUGAAGGACGACCUUGCUCGACUGGAGCAAGUUACCCGUGCAGCUAAUAUCAUAUGCACGGCCACAUCCUCAAAGGAGCCACUUUUCGAGGCGAAAUGGGUUUCUCCGGGGACACAUCUCAAUCUCAUUGGAAGCUACACGCCUGAAAUGGCAGAAGUCUCUUCAGAGUUGUUGCACCAGGCUGGAAAAGUGGUCGUGGACUCCAGAGAAGCAUGCGCAUCUGAGGCCGGGGAGCUCAUAAAGGCCAGGUUUAAUGAAGAGGACAUGAUUGAAAUUGGAACGCUGGUCCAUUUUGAUAACAACUCACCGGAUGCUGAAUACAAGAAGGUUCACGCGUUGUGCGACGAGGUAAGGCGGGCUGGUAAAAUCACUAUAUUCAAGAGCGUGGGCGUAGGAUUACAGGACGUAGCCAUCACGAAUAUGGUGGUGAAUCUCGCGGGAGAGACUGGUACUCGUAUUGACUCCUAUGAUGACGAUCAGUUUUGAAACCUCACUCGCAAUCUGUUAAAGAGAUUCAGGAGGUAAUACUAUCAAUACCCCUCUGAAUUUAUAAUCAUACCUUCAUUGUAUAUGCA